CAUUGUCUAUUACCGCCGGCCAGCGGACGAGAGGUGCAAUUACACGCAGGAGCCUUAAUUAUGUCUGUUUCUACAUAAACAAACAUCAACCUGGGGAUGGACAAAGUUACCUGGAUCACCAUCCGAUAACAUUUAAUUACUUUUUUUUAACACAUUAAUUAAGCGCUUAAUGAAUGUUCUUUUGCUGAAGCCGCCGGUGUGAUUCUGUAAACUUCUCCUGCUGUACACAUUGUCAAACUGUGGAUUUAACGUUAGAGAUAGCUAGUCGAGCUAGCUGGCUAAGUCUUCCAGUGGAUUUCCUGAUAUCAAAUUCGGCAGAAUCCAUAUCCUGUAAAUGGGGAACAGUGCGCUCAAAGCUCAUUUGGAAACAUCUCAGAAGACUGGAGUCUUUCAGCUGACCGGAAAGGGUUUGACAGAGUUCCCAGAGGAGCUGCAGAAACUCACCGGAAACCUGCGGACAGUUGAUCUGUCCAACAACAAAAUUGAGGUGCUUCCAGCAUUCGUAGGAGGCUUCCAGCAAAUCAAGAGUCUUACCAUAAGCAGCAAUAAACUGACCAGUCUACCAAAUGACAUCGGGAAACUCAAGAAGCUGGAGACUCUUAUUUUAAAUGGGAACCAGUUGAAGCAGCUUCCUUCAUCGGUGGGUCAGCUGAAGUCCUUGCGCACCUUGACCCUGUCUGGGAAUCACUUCAAGGAGUUUCCUAGUGGACUCGGCACCCUUCGCCAGCUCGAUGUUCUGGACCUGUCCAAGAAUAAGAUCCAGGUGGUUCCUGCAGAAGUGGCCGAACUGCAAGCCAUUGAAAUCAACCUCAAUCAGAACCAGAUUUCAACAGUGUCUCCAGAGGUGUCCCGUGCUCCCAGACUGAAGGUCUUACGGCUGGAGGAGAACUGUCUGGAGCUCUCCGCUAUCCCCUUCUCCAUCCUCUCAGACUCCCAGGUGUCCCUGCUGUCCGUGGAGGGCAACCUGUUUGCAGUUAAAAAGAUGCGUGACCUAGAAGGAUAUGAUAAGUACAUGGAGCGUUUCACUGCAACCAAGAAGAAAUGUGCGUGAACAGUCAAGAGGCUUGCUGCACCUGUCCUCUGCAUUGGGCUUGCCGUAGAGCGGGUUCAGCUGGGACUGCUUGUGUAAAUGGCAAGACGGGAAUG